AACAUCAGAAGAGCUGAAGUAAUCAACUCCUCCAAACAGCAUUACAAGUAGUGGCAGUAUUAGGAACAUCUUGGAAUAAGAAAGGCACAGACGAGACGAAGUGACCAGUAACAACUAACUUUUCAUUAUGACAAAUUCCAAUGCAGUUGUCAACAGUCAUAAUGAUCUUUUAUCUGAAUUUUGUGGACACACAUUUUGGAAUGCGAGUGCCUCCUGGGAGUCCAGUGACCCUGAGCUGGGUGUAUGUAUUGAAAAGACAUUGUUAAUAUGGGGACCUUGUUUUAUCCUUUGGCUCUGUUCACCUAUCUACAUCAUCACGCAGUCAAAGGAAAAUCGAGUUGCUAUUCCAUGGUCAGGUUUAUCAUACUUUAAACUGGUGUUAUCAGUAUUUGUGACAAGCGCAGCUGUGGCCGAGUUAAACUUAUUUUCAAUUAUGUACCUGUAUUGGUUUCCCAUAAUAACAAAAUUUCAUACUUUUCAGAUAUUGCAGUCAGUUUUGUUAUUACUAAGUCGUAAAUAUGGAGAUCAAAGCAGUGGACUUCUCUGGGUCUUUUGGCUCCUCCAAGUUUUAUGUGGUCUCUCACAACUGAAGUCAACAGUAAUUAACGUUAUUCAUUCUGAUGGUCUGCUGGGUUCAAAAAUAACAUUCCUAGCCCAGUACAGUGGUGCUGUUGUAUUAUUAAUUGCAAACAGCUUUGCUGAUAAUCCUGUUGAUGCAGAAUGGUUCAGAAAAAGGAAAGUUUAUCCAGAGCAGUACUCAUCAUACUUAAACAAGAUAACCUUUCACUGGACCAGUGGCCUUCUGAGGUUAGGUUGGAAACGAUCCCUGACCUUUGAUGACCUUUGGGAAAUCCCUCCUCAUUGUGCUACUAAAACUCUUGAUGCUUUAUGGAGAGCUGCAUGGAGAAAGGAGAUGUUGGUAGUCAGACAGAAGACAUCUAAAUCCAAAGAAUCUCUAGCUGAUACUGAAGACAAGAAGCCACCAUCUCUGCCAAAAGUGUCUGUGUGGGUCAUUCUACGCACCAUCUCCUGGCCAUAUGUUUUUUACAGUCUUAUUCACGUUAUCACGGAAUUAGUUUUAUUUUUUAGUCCACGAAUUUUAAGCUUGUUGAUCAGCUUCACAACCAAUGAAAAUGAGCCAGAGUGGCAUGGAUACUUUUAUGCAGUCUUGUUGCUUAUCAUCAGUAUUCUUGUAGCUGCUCUUAGAGCUAUCUUUUUUAAUAAUAUCUGGAUAAUCCAUGUGAAAAUAAGAUCAUCUUUAAUGGCUGCUGUUUACCGCAAGGCAUUAACGCUAUCAGUCGCUGCAAGAAGAGAGUCAACUUUGGGCGAAAUUGUCAACCUGAUGGCUGUAGACUCUCAAAGAUUAAGUGAUUUUCCCAUAUUUUUCUGCAUCGUUUGGUCAGGACCUUUGGUUAUUCUAAUUGCUCUAUAUGAGCUAUGGAAGAUACUCGGACCAUCAGUGCUUUCUGGCCUCGCUGUCUUGAUACUCCUGACCCCCAUCAAUGGUGUCAUUGCCAACAAGUUAAAGGUUCUUCAGAGCUCUCAGAUGAAUUUCAAGGAUAAAAGAAUAAAGUUGCUAAAUGAAAUCAUUAGUGGAAUAAAAGUAUUGAAAUUGUAUGCCUGGGAGAGCUCUUUCAACAGUGAAGUAGAAUCUGUGAGGGAGGAUGAGAUUAAUGUUCUCAGAAAGUCUGCAUACAUCCAGUCCUUUCUUAUUUUCCUGUGGCUUACCACUCCAUACAUGGGUAUCAAUCUCAGUGGUGGACAAAAGCAAAGGAUAUCCUUGGCCCGUGCAGCAUAUAGUGAUGCUGAUAUCUUUUUACUAGAUGAUCCUCUCAGUGCUGUAGAUUCUCAUGUCGGUCGUCACAUCUUUGAGAAGCUGAUUGGUCCUAAGGGAAUGAUGAAAGAUAAGUUUUCAAAAAUUAUAAUAAAUAAUUACACUCUUGUUGCUGCCUCCCAGUAUGAGUCUGAUGCUCAUGUAGUCUCCUUUACUCCCAAUGUUGACCAGCUUUGUGAAGAGCUAGAAAACACUGUUGGCGGACAUGCUCUAAUACGGCAAAUUUCUCAUCAGAGCAAUAACAUACAGCCUGAAAGAGUUGGCAAUGUGCAUAGACUUCAACGAGAGAUUAGCUAUGCAAGUGACCGGUACAGUACAGAAAGUGGAGAUCGCACAUCUAAUAGAAAACAUUUGAAGUCUAUUUCUUCUUCAGAAGCUGAAAGCAUUGGUCAAAGCCUUAGACAGGAAUCAAUAUCUAUGAAUGACUUAAGAGGAAAGCCUGAUGAUGUUAGCGGAAGAAAUGCAGGAGAAACUCUGGUUCAAGAAGAAGCAGUUGAGACAGGAAAGGGAUGUCAAGCAGGCAGUAAUAUUGGCUUUCCCAUUGAUUCAUCUGUAAAUUUGAGUUGUGAAUUGUUCCGGUAUUGGUGCAGUAUUGUGACUUAUUCUUUAAUUUUUCUUUUUUUUUUUGCAGGUUUAUUUUACUACAUAGCAUCAGUUUUGCUAUGGAUAGGAUGUAUGAGAGCUGGGCGAGACAUUCAUCGGAAGCUCCUGGAUAGUGUCUUACAUUUCCCAAUGAGCUUUUUUGACACUAAUCCUAGUGGACGUAUCAUGAAUCGCCUCAGUAAAGAUAUAGACAUCCUUGACAGUUUGCUGCCUGUGCUCAUUACACAUGGAUUAUUACUCUUAUCUCAGGUUAUCACAACAUUGAUCGUGAUUAUUGCCUCAACACCGUUUAUUGUGGUUGUGGUUCUUCCCGUCAUGGUGCUAUACUAUUUUAUCCUGAUUGUCUAUAUUUCAACCACUAGACAACUCAAGCGGAUAGAAUCUGUUUCUAAAUCCCCUAUCUACUCACAUUUUGGAGAGUGUGUUCAAGGUGUCUCCAUUAUUCGGGCAUUUAAAAAAGAAGACAAUUUUAUUCAUGCAGCCCACAAAAAAAUUGAUUAUUUUGUCCAAGCUUUCUUAGCCAAUUUGGCUUGUAACAGAUGGUUAGGUGUACGGUUGGAAUUUAUUGGCAGCAUCAUCACAUUCGCUGCUGCUGUCUUUGCUGUUGCUGGUCGAGGCUCAAUCAGUUCAGGCAUUGUUGGUUUGUCUGUAAAUUAUGCUCUUAAUAUAACUGUAACUCUCAACUUUCUGGUGAGAAUGUGCUCAGAGAUAGAAGCCAACAUUGUAUCUGUUGAGAGGAUUAAAGAAUACAUUGAGGAAGAUCAUGAAGCACCAUGGGAUGUUAAGCAAUGCACUCCACCAAAGUCAUGGCCAGAGAAUGGCUGCAUUGUAUUUUCCAACUACCAAACCAGAUACCGCCCAGGUCUAGAACUGGUGUUGAAGGGUAUCACUUGUACCAUUAAUCCUGGAGAAAAGGUUGGCAUUGUGGGGAGGACAGGAGCUGGCAAGUCUUCUUUAACUCUUGCACUCUUUAGACUUAUUGAGGCUCAUAGUGGUUCAAUUGACAUAGAUGGCAUCAGGAUUUCCAAAAUGGGUCUCCAUGAAUUAAGAAGCUGCCUCACUAUUAUACCACAGGACCCUGUUUUGUUUAGUGGAACUUUGCGCAUCAAUUUGGAUCCAUUUGGCAUGUAUGAUGAUGCAACUGUUUGGCACGCACUUGAAUUGGCUCAUCUUAGUUCUUUUGUUGCUGCCCAACCUCUUGGUCUGCAAAGUGUUGUGGAUGGGGGAUCCAACCUCAGUGUUGGUCAGCGGCAACUCGUCAGCUUGGCUCGAGCUUUGCUCCGUAAAUCUCGCAUUCUGGUGUUAGAUGAAGCAACCGCAGCCAUCGACUUGGAGACAGAUGAUCUGAUUCAAGCUACUAUCCAAUCAGAGUUUUCCAAUUGUACUGUCCUUACAAUUGCCCAUCGUCUCAACACUAUCAUGGAUUGCGACAGAAUAAUGGUGAUGGACAAAGGCAAGAUAGCAGAGUUUAAUACACCAGCUGCAUUACUGGCCAAUAAAGAUUCCAUCUUCUAUGGCAUGGCAAAAGAUGCUGGUCUUGCAUAGAUAUUUGUCAUUAUAAUGUACUUUAUCUAUGGCAUUUUAUAGCCCAUGCAGGUUUUCUGCAUUUUUAAUAAUAAUAUACAAAAAAUUAGAUUUAAAGGAAAAUAACCACUUUUGAAUAUUAACUUUUGCAUGCACACAUACAUAUAUACUGAGGCAGUAGAGAAGUUCAUACCAAGAGGCAACAGAAACAAUGGGAAGACCAGAGUGAGCCCAUGGUUUACAAGGUGUGGAGAGGCCAAAGCUAAGUGUGCUAGAGUAUGGAAAAAGUAUAGAAGGCAGAGGUCCCAAGAAAAUGGGGAAUUUAGCUAAAGAGCCAGAAAUGAAUAUGCACGGAUAAGAAUAGCCAAGCAUUAAUAUGGGAAAGACAACAUCGAAAGUCAAAUCUGGCCCAAGUUGGUAUACAGCCACAUCAAGAGGACCAGAUAAUCAGGCUGAAGGAGGAGGAAUGAGGAGAGCUGUUAGGGAGUGACAGGAAUGUGUGACAAGCUCAGC